AUGGAAAGUAGUAGGGACAGUGCGAGCACCGAGGCCGAUGGUGGUGUUGGUAGCAGUGGUGGUGGUGGUCGCAGUGGUAGUAUCGACAAGUCAGGCGAUAGUCAAGAGCAGAGAAAAGAUUCAGAUUUGCUGCCCAUACAGAGUAGCUGA